AUGGAAGAACUAAUCGACGAACAAGAAAUUGCUAUCACCACAAUAACCAGAGCAGAAAGAAGCUUCAGAAAACGUCCUUAUGGUGAAAUGACUGCAGCAUACGUGGAAGGUCGACGAUCAGAGUUGAUGCAAGCUUGGAACAAUUGCAAGGCAUUGGAUACUUUAGACACGUUUAAUGAAACAAUAGCAAAUAUAAACACUCGUUUAAUCCGCGAUUCAGGUGAAAGUUCUCAGUCCCGCGAUUCCAUAGAGCCACAUAGAAGAAUUAAAUUACCUAGAAUUGAUUUACCGAAAUUUAACGGUAAUUAUCUUGAAUGGCAAAACUUCAAAGAUAUGUUUGAAUCAAUGAUAGCUUCAGAACAUGAUUUAGCUGAUGUACAAAAAAUGCAAUACCUCAAAUCUUGUUUGGAAGGGGAGGCAGCUCAACUUCUCAAACACUUAGGUACAAAUUCGUCAAACUAUGCUAGUGCAUGGGAAUUACUCGAAACUCGUUACGCUAAUCAACGCGUAAUUAUUGACUCAUACUUAAAUUCAUUUAUAUCAAUUCCCCCGAUUUCGAAUGAAACUGUAACAGAUUUAAAACUAUUACGCGAUACUACGAUAGAAGCUCUACAUGCUCUUAAAAACUUAGGUCAUCAAGGUUCGGAGGCUACAUUCAUCUCUGAAAAUGUAGUUCAAUUACUCCAUGCCAAAACACACCGUGUCUUAAUUAGAGUUAACGGCGUAGAUAACGUUUUUAUCAGUAAUGUAAAGGCUAAAGUAAACUUAACUAUAUUUUCAAGAACGGAACCACAGAAUUCGAUUGAGAUUUCCGCUUUAGUGUUACCGAGACUUAAUAACUACACACGUUUGAACGCAAGCUCUACUAAACAAUGGGAACACUUAAAGAACUUAAAUUUCGCUGACGACAAUCCAUUCAUAACAAAAAAGUAUGAGAUGAUUAUUGGAGCAGAUUAUUACGGCUCUCUUUUGUUAAAAGGUAUAAAAAAAGGUCCUAAUGGUUCCCCCAUUGCUCAGAAUUCCCUUUUAGGAUGGAUAGUCUCUGGUCCUACGAAUUCCUUAGAAACAGUUCCUAGAACUUUAGCUCACCAAAAUAUAGAAAUUCCGGAACUUCAACAAGAUCUACAACGAUUUUGGGAAGUCGAGGAAUGUUUCGAAAAGAUAAGCCUUACACCUGAGGAAAAAAGUUGUGAAGAAUAUUUUAGUAACAUACAUUCGCGAACAACAGAGGGACGUUACGUUGUUCGACAAAUUUUUAAAGACAAAGAGAAUCAAAUCCUAGGAUCAUCCUUAGCAAAAUCCCUUACUAUGUUGACAAGAUCAGAAAAACGUUUAGACAAAAAUCCUUCUCUUAAGAACGAUUAUUAUGAUUUUUUAAAAGAAUAUAAAACGUUAAACCACAUGGUUGAGAUAAAACCUGAUUUAAAAGACGAAAAACAACGCGUUUACUUACCUCAUCACCCAAUAAUACGAGAAAGUAGUUCAACAACACGUGUCAGAGUAGUUUUUAACGCAUCCAGUCUUACUUCUAAUGGUGUUUCCUUGAAUGACCUUUUGUCAGCUGGUCCCAAAUUACACACGGAAAUCCCUUCGAUUAUUUUACGCUGGCGAAACUAUCGCUUUGUUAUGACGGCAGAUAUCUGCAAAAUGUUUAGACAAAUUCUAAUCGACCCCCAAGAUCAACACUUACAAAAUAUAGUGUGUCGCUUGGGACCAGAUGAGGAGAUAAAACACUUUCGAUUACUCACCGUUACAUACGGCACGAAAUCAGCUCCUUAUUUAGCAAAUCGAGUGAUAAAGCAGUUAGCUGCGGAUGAAGGAGAAGAUUUUCCAGAAGCUAAAACGGUAUUGGAAAACGACUUUUAUGUCGAUGAUGGUUUAUUUGGUGGAAAUGAUUUAGAAAAAACUCGAGUUCUUAAAAACGAUUUAUGCAAACUUUUAGCGCGAGGAGGUUUUAUGUUAUACAAGUUUUCCUCAAAUGCCCCAGAAUUAUUAUCUGGACAUACUGAUAUUGAAGAAAGUAAAAAUCUUGAUAUAGUAGAAACAGAGAGUAAUUGUUCGGUGCUCGGUCUAGUUUGGAAUUCGAAAGAUGACGAAUUUAGAUUUACCGUCGCAAUGCAACCAUUUUCCGUAGUAACCAAACGAUUAAUUCUAUCUGUAAUUUCCAAGCUAUUUGACCCUUUAGGUUUAGUAGCUCCUAUUAUAAUUGUCGCGAAAAUUAUAAUGCAAGACCUAUGGUUACAAAAAUUUCAAUGGGAUUCAGAAUUACCCGAGAAAUUUAAAGAACAGUGGGUUUCGUAUUGUCACAAACUCAACAGUAUAAAAUCUAUUAAAAUACCUCGCUGGACUGGUUGUAAAGAGGGGAGUCAAAUUGAGGUACAUGGUUUCGCAGACGCAUCUUCACGCGCUUAUGCUGCUGUAGUUUAUAUUCGUGUUCUAAACCCACAUAAGUCACCUAUCCUCACUAUCUCCCUUGCAAAAACUAAAGUUGCACCUAUUAAAAUUGUGACCAUUCCAAGAUUGGAAUUAUGUGCAAUAGUUCUGCUUACAAAAUUACUUAAAAGGGUUGUUAGCGAUCAUCAACUGAAUCAAACUCCAAUAUAUGGUUGGACAGAUUCAACAAUUGCACUCUCCUGGUUAGCUAAACAUCCUUCAACAUGGAAGACUUUCGUUGCUAACCGAGUUCAAACAGUACAUACAUUGCUUCCCUGUAUAAAAUGGAGACAUGUUCCUUCUUCUGAUAACCCGGCAGAUUGUGCCUCAAGGGGGAUUAAUCCUUCCGAAUUGCAGGAAAACAGACUUUGGUGGCAGGGACCUAUUUGGUUAAAAGAACCAGAAGCCUCUUGGCCUUCAAGUCCUGUUCUAGAGUACGGCAACAGGCACACUUGA